UAAACCAAUGGUGUUUGCUCCUAUAUUCUCGCACAAACAUUCAUUCAUCUCGAUCCGUUUUCGACACACACAAACAUAGAUUCCCCCCAAUUCUCAUCUCAAGAAACGGUUUUGAAAACACACACACAUUGGGAUAUUCCAUUCUCAACAUUCUUGAAUUGCUAGCAUAAAUUUAGCUCUUAAUUUUGUUUGCAUGUAAGCUGUUUAAAUGGCGAUCGCCGCGGUAGUGAUCCUCCCUUUAGGUCUCCUCUUCAUUCUCUCCGGCCUCAUUGUGAACCUGCUUCAGGCUUUUUUUUAUAUCCUUAUUCGUCCAUUCUCAAGAAAUGCUUUCAGAAGGAUCAAUAAGGGAAUCAUGGAACUACUAUCACUGGAACUCAUCUGGCUUUUCGACUGGUGGGCGAAUAAUAAGGUUCAGCUAUUUGCAGAUAAAGAAAUCAUUGAACUCAUGGGAAAGGAGCGAGCACUUCUCAUUUGUAACCAUAGAAGUGAUAUUGAUUGGCUUGUCGGAUGGGUAUUAGCACAGCACGCAGGUUGCCUUGGUAGCUGCUUAGCCAUUAUAAAGAAAGAGAUAUUAUGCCUCCCUGUCAUAGGCUGGGCAAUGUGGUUUUCUGGUUAUAUUUUUCUGCAGAGAAGUUGGGCCAAAGACGAAAACACCCUAAAGUCUGGAUUUGAGGGGCUAAAUGAUUUCCCUUUACCUUUUUGGUUGGCUCUUUUUGUUGAAGGAACACGUUUUACCCAGGCAAAACUUUUUGCAGCCCAACAAUAUGCUGCUUCAGUUGGGCUGCCUGUUCCAAGGAAUGUCCUGAUUCCUCGUACCAAGGGUUUUGUUGCAGCAGUAACUCAUCUGCGAUCUCAUGUUCCUGCAAUUUAUAAUAUUACAGUUGCUAUCCCAAAAGAUGAACCUUGUCCUACCCUUUUGAGAAUCUUCAGGGGGCGUUCUUCUACGGUACAUGUGCAUAUUGAGCGACAUCUAAUGCAGGAAUUACCUGAAACUAGUAGUGGGAUUGCACAGUGGUGCAAAGACGUAUUCGUUGCAAAGGAUGCUUUAUUGGAGCAACAUCUCGAAACGAACUCAUUUGGACCUGGACUGCCGCAUGAGCUUCGCAGAACAAAGAAAUCUUUAAUGGUCGUGAUAUGCUGGUCGUGUUUCCUACUUGCUGUCGUUGUGAGCUUGUUGGAACGUUUUCCAUUCUCGUGGGGAGAAGUGGCCUUUUGCUUGUCGUUCUUGGGUGUCACUGUUAUCCUUAUGCACAUACUCAUUAUGUUUAGUCAGUCGGAGCGUUCGACUCCUCCAAAGGAGCACCAACCAGACCCGUUGAAUCAGGUGCUCCUUCAAACUUGAGCAUUGGUAUACAAAAAUGAUGGCUAUGCAUACGAUUCGGGUAGAUCUUAUUAAGGAUAAUGCUAUUAUGUGGUUUUUUUUUUAUGGUUUUAUUUAUUUGUUUAUUUAUUUAUUUAUCUUGAAAGAAGGAUAAUGCUAUUUUUCCUUCUUUUCCCAACUUUACUGUAUUUUUAUUUUUCAGUUCAGCUCUUGUGAAAAUAGUAACCAAUUUAUUUAUACGAAUAUAUAAAUCAUUGGUGGCU